UCUUCCACGCAGCGGCUGUGACGUGGCAGUGCGCAGGCGCGAUUCCCAGCAGCAGGCUGAGCCCGAGCGUGUCGCGGUGCAGUGUGUGAGAGUGAGUGAAGUUCGGAGCAGUAAACAGAGUCUCAGCAUGGGGCUGACCAUCUCCUCCCUGUUCGGGAGACUGUUCGGGAAGAAGCAGAUGAGAAUCCUGAUGGUGGGGCUGGAUGCAGCAGGUAAAACCACGAUACUGUACAAACUGAAGCUGGGAGAGAUUGUGACUACGAUUCCGACUAUUGGGUUUAAUGUGGAGACGGUGGAGUACAGGAACAUCUGCUUCACUGUCUGGGAUGUUGGUGGUCAGGAUAAAAUCCGUCCUCUGUGGAGACACUACUUCCAGAACACUCAGGGUCUGAUCUUCGUGGUGGACAGUAAUGACCGAGAGCGAGUGGCCGAGUCUGCUGAUGAACUCUCCAAAAUGGUUCAAGAAGACGAGCUGAGGGAUGCCGUGCUGCUGGUGUUCGCUAAUAAACAGGAUUUACCCAACGCCAUGCCGGUCAGUGAGCUCACAGAUAAACUGGGCCUGCAGAGUCUGCGCAGCCGAACGUGGUAUGUCCAGGCCACAUGUGCUACACAAGGAACCGGGCUUUAUGAAGGACUGGACUGGUUAUCCAACGAGCUCUCCAAACACUAGUGCUGUCCAUCAUCUCACACAGAGUUUGUGUAUGCGUGUGUGUGUGUGUGUGUGUGUGUGUGUGUGUAUACACACAAUACACAUUUUAUCUAUGAACUCUUGAAGAACCAAUGUGUGUUGUUCAGGACUGUAAUCGGGGGAGGGGGGCGGGGGGCGGAGUCUCUGUUGAUUGUAGUUUUAUUGCGUGAGUUUCUGAGUAUUGAGUUCUAACGCACUUCUGUCUCUUAUUUUUCUGUACGUUGAAGAAAAUCCACGUGCACUUUUCCGGUCAGCUCACUGAAUACGCAGCACAGCAGUCGACACGUUUAUACUGUACAUUUGCACUGAAUAUUUUUCUUCCUGUGUCUGAUCUCAGUCUAAUCCGUCUCAGCAGCACACUCAUUAUCAAUCUGUGGGCGGGGCUAAUUUACACACUUCAUGACUCCACUUUUACCACAUUUACACCUGAAAUUACAAUAAAAAAUCAGGGUAUUACACUGAAAAUCAUUCCACCGUCUUCACCACCAUCCAGAUUUAUUCCGUUUUUUAAUGAGCUAAUUCUAUUUCCGCCAUUACCCACAAUUCCCUACUGAUAACAAUUCUUCCUAAUGAAAGCAAUUUAGCGAUUCCUGUCAAACCAUCAGCUUUCAGAGCUUUGACACCUGCACCAUCACACACUUCUCCUUCAUCACCAGGUCAUAUAGCAGGAGUGCAUUCUGGGAGUCCUGACUCCUCCUCCUAUAGUUUAUGAGGACUGAAAUCUAAUUGUAAUUGUGUUGGCCCCGCCCCUUGUGACAUCAUAUAAAGAUAACCACUAAUUUCUCAUAGGAAGAACAAGAGCAACCAACAUUGAUGAAGACAUGAUGAAGAUUUGAGUUCAGUUCUUUUACAGUCCUGAUCCUUCAGCUUCAUCCAGACCUCUUUUCCUUUCACUCCUAACAUUCCAUACUGAAUCCACUUCCUGCUCACUUCCUCAAACCAAAGGCAGGGUUCGAUGUAGAACUUCCUGAGUGAUCUUGAGAAGAUCUGGAGAGGAUCACUCCAUUUCUGUUGUACUUUUCUUUUCUCUUGCUCUCGUCUGUGGAUUUUUUUUUUGAGAUUCCUGAAAGCUGCUCUUCACACUUGUGUUUUUCUCAGACUGCUUUCGUCGGCUGAGUGCAGAGUGGCUCUGUCACCACACACACACACUGAUUUUAAUUUUAGCGAUCAGGUGGUGUGUGUGUGUGUGUGCGUGCGUGCGUGUGUGUGUGUGUGCGCGCACACCAUGUAUGUAGGGUCUCGUUUUAAAAUAAAAUCUUAUGAGUUAAAUGUUGAAGAUCUCAUGCAUGUAGUGACUCCUUUCAGCUGUGUAUCUCGUUCAUCAGGAUUUUUAAUAAAGACGAUUUAGAAAAUG